AUGGAAGAAAUCGAUGCUAACCCAGAUGUUUUGCUACUGGGCAAGGAUCCUGACGCUGCGUCCUUCCUCGAACUGGUUUACCCAAGCACAGGUGAACAAAAGGGGCGUGUGGUCGAUCAUGACACAGUUCGUAGUCGACACAGCAGCGGUUCUCUCGAUAAUUAUAGCGCUCCUCUCUCAGAAGAUUCCGGAUCGUUAAUUGUUGCGACCGAGACCGAAAGAAAGGCUCUUUCGCCGGCAGUUGAGGCGGGGUCAGAGUUUAUGGAGAGUAAUGUUGAGGGAGACGAAUCUUUUGUAUCGGAUCCGAGACACCCUAGGGGGCUGAAAUUUCGUGGUGAUUGCAGUUCCGUCGACCGCGUUGCUUGGAUCGGUCAACUUUUCCUAAAUAUUUCAGGAAAACCUCAUGCAUCUAAUCGCGUUGCAUCCCGGAAGCCAAAUAUUUGUGCCGAAAAACAAUCUGGUUCAGACGACGGCCGCCUGGACAACUUGAGCAGUAUGUCGUCGUUAAGUGAUAACGAAGAAGAUCCACUAGAUGCAUGGGAACGAGCAGAAGCGGAACGAAAGAGCAAAAUAGCUGCACAGAUAGCUGAACUUGAAAAUAUGCGUCGUAAAGAGGAGGAAAAGGCCAUUCGUAAAGCGGAGAAGCGGGCAGCCAAAAAACAACUGCAGCAACGAGUUGAAAAAGAUGAGGAUACAGUGACCCCCGAUCGUGCACAGGUAACUGAGGGAGAUCUUAAAGUGAAAAGACGAGAGCAGCGAAGACAGGAAAAGAAAGAAGCAAAGCGCGCCGCCAAGUAUCUGGCUAAAGUUGAAGCUAAGCGACGGGCCAAAGUUGAAGAGAUUAGACGUCAGAAAAUGCAAAUGUCUGAUGAAGAUGAGGUUGUCGUUUCGGGCACUGCCAAACACCAAACCGAGGACGCCGAUGGAAGUAGUCCCGUGUGUCCCAUCAAAGAGGUGCGAGAUGAGACAGUAGGAUUUCCUAGCACCGAACCCACUGACACAAUAUCCGAUCCCGACGUUGAUUCUUUUUGCCUUACUCACUUGGAAAGUACGGCAUCAGAACAGGUGGAUUUCUCUCCGUCGCCUGUUGACACCAAUUCUCAGCAGGACACCUCUCUCAUCCAGUUGUCUUCGAAGCCGACAGGAGCGAAGACAAUUACAGAUGAGAGUGAAGGCACACUGGCUUCCCAAACAGACCCCACUUCACCCAAUCAAACAGAUGGCGGCUCCGACCAUGGUUCAUUUACAAAAUUUCAGUCCCCUUCACCGAAGGAACAGUCUACAAAUGGCAGUACGGGCACUACUCCUGAGAUUACGGAGAGACAUUCUUUACCUAGGAAGAGGAAGUUAAAAUCCCAUCACGUUGGCAGUCACGGUACCGAUGGUGAAUCUCGCUCCAAGUAUGCAAAACUUACUUCUGGCAAAGACACAACCGACUUGGACUCCAAGUCAACUGAAGGAUCCCAACCAACCACCCAAAAAACCCCUUCACCGAGUGAAAGCUAUACCGAUGAAAUCAAGCCAUCGGAACCAGACGUUGAAGAAAGACGUGCCCACUUGUCAUCCGGGAAAAGCCCCUCUGCACCCGAGUCCUCGCCCGAUCCGGUCCAACUGCUCAAAAAUCUUAGUCUGCAGUUGAAGUCAAGUCUUGUGCGUGGCCAAGAAAACUUCACCGCUGCCGUUAAUGUGUUUGAUCAAAUCUGCCAGAUGAAGGUGUCACUUCUUCAACUCACUCAGGCUUGGGAGUUGACGGACUGUGUGAAAAAGUGUCGUCGUUACAAAUUGUCCGCUGAUGUUCGUGAUAAAGCUCAUCAAACUCUGGCUCAUUUUCAAAAAAUUCAAGCCGCUGCCACAAAGCAGGAAAUUGAAAAGGCUAAGGCUAUCGUGGCUGAGCGAGUCCGCCAAGUGAAGCCACAAGCCGCCCCUGUCACUCAUCCGACCAUCACACCACCACCAUCCUCCACUCCACCGUCUCAGGAUCCAUCCGUUGAUGUAACACCCAAUCCUCAAACGAAGAAGUUCUCUGUUGAGGAACUGCGAGCAGAGCUCGACGCCCAGGCGAAUCUCUUACUUGCUCGCCUCGCAGCUACAGAUGCGCGCCUGAAUGCUGAACGCAGCACCAACCCAAAUUCCCAAGGACACCAACGCCCGAUUCCGUCGGGUCUUCAGCCACCUGCUCCCACACUGAAAGCAACUGAAGACGAAACUGCAAGUGUGAUGUCUCGUGUAGACGAAGUGGCUAACCGCUUGUUGGUCUCCAAGAGAGUCCCCCCUCCACCACCAGCACCACAGAUUGAUUUAGAUACGCGGAUCAACCAGAUGAUGGGUGUUGCCACCCCAGCGCCAGCUCCUCUCUCUCCACCUCCCGCAGAAUUGUUAGCAAUACGAGAGCAAAUCCAACAAAAGAGACGGGCUAAAAUGCCUCAGGCUCAGCAGAUUGUAGUGGGUUCGACAGAGGAUGAAGACCUGUAUGACCUCCUGGGGGUCUAA